AUGGCUUCCGUUGACAUCACUUAUAUUAACCCAUUGGCUAUUGGGGGCCUUGGCAAACCUCUCACAGAGAACGACCUAGCUGUCUCUCGCAUCACGUAUAACGACCUGCCCUAUAUUGAGAACCAAGACAGGCCUGCGGAGAACUAUGCCAAGCAUCUCCUGGAGACAAUUUCUCUCAUUGUGCGGCAUAACAUGGGUGCGAACUUCCGCCCCCAUGUUGCUCAUCGCCACGACUUCCUUCCCAGCGACAAGGUCCGGUUUGAGAUUCCACUUGAUGGUAUGCCAUACAAGCUAACCAAGGCUACCGACAUCACCGAACUUGACUUGGGUAACAUGCAUUCUACAUGCUUCAAGGUCAUCGGGGCCGACAUUGUCGGUGUAGAGCACGCCGAGGGGCCCCCGCCGCUGGCUGCGAACAAAAUUUCUGGCGCGUUCCUUAAGGAAUGGACCGACUAUCUCAAUAAGCAUGGCCUCACCAACCUCCUUAUGCUCGACUUUGGGCAAUUUGGGAAAGGAAUGGAGGCGACUACAGAGAUGGAGGUGCAACUUGGAGGUACUUGUGCAACUUUGGUAGUGCCGCUCUCCGCUGUAACUGGUUACGACAUUGAGCAGGUCCCAACAAGCUGGAUGGUACCUCGCCGCCACGGCCCGGAGGCGCGUGACUCCUCUCCUGACCAGCCGGCGCCAGGAACUUACUGGGCUAAGAGAGUUAACGAUCUCACCCACAAGGUCUACAUUAAUACAAAUGCGAGUGAGGUCGGUACUGGCGAACAGCUGGUCGAUGCACUUGUAAAGGCAAGCAUCCUCAAGGCGACCUAA